AACCCCCUUUUCAUCCGGCUCCAUCGCUUCUUUCAUCAACUCCAUCGACGGCGACCAUCGACGGCGAGUUCCAAUCGGCGUUGCUUCUCUUCUCGACUGUUCCAAUCGACGGUACGCUUCUCUUCUCUCCAUAUCCAAUCGACUGUUGCUUCUCGACUGGUAAGUCCUUCGAUUUCUAAUCUAUGGAUUUCAAGUAAUUGCGUAUCAUCAUUCAAGGUUUUUUCACCUGCUUAGAAAUCCAAUUUAGUCGUAUGUUUAUAAUUAUGUAAUUAGGUUUCUUGUUUGUGAAGCUCAUUUUUCGAUGGAUUUAAGCUCUGUAUGUAGCUACUUUAACGGUUUGGGUUGAAUUUGGUUCUCCAUUUGUGCAUCUUCGUGUGUUUUCUGUAGUCAACUUGAAGAAAUUGAUAAGAUUUUAGUGUUUGAAGUUGCAUUUUAGUUUGAAUGAGCUCUGUAAAUGUUUUUUUGCUGAACAGCUGUCCUGUCCUGUCUGCGCAUUUGCAGGAUUGGAAUGAAAUUGGAGGGAUUUGGAUUUAAAAUCCAUUCCAAUCCUGUGUUUGGUUUGUAGGAUUGAUAAAAUUUAAAAUCCUGGGAUUCAUUAACAAUCCCGUGACCGGUGGAUUUUAGAAUCCUUUGAAAGGACACGGGUUUUGUAAAAUCCAUUUCCGUGGGAUUCCAAAUCUUGCCCUAGGUCAUGUCUCCAUCUCAUCCUCCAUUUUCAUCCCUGACCAUCUCCUCCAGCCUCCAACUUUGCUGUCUCCUCCAGCCUCAAACAUUGCCGGCUCUGUAGCUUUCUCCCACGGUGGCCGUCUCCGGCUCCGUCGCUUUCUCCCACCGUGGUCGUCUCCAUCUCUGUCGCUUUCUCCCACCGUGUUCGUCUCCAUCGCCGAAGACAGGAGUUCGAUCAUCUUGUAAAGAUCCCAAUCACAGAAAAUGCCUGCACAAAAGAUUGAAACAGGUCACACUGACACUGUCCAUGAUGUUUGCAUGGAUUAUUAUGGAAAGCGAGUGGCGUCUGCAUCUUCAGAUGCCACCAUUAAAAUAAUUGGCGUAAGCAACAACUCUACAUCCCAGCACCUUACUACUCUCACCGGUCACAACGGUCCAGUAUGGCAGGUUGCGUGGGCCCACCCGAAAUUUGGAUCACUUCUUGCAUCCUGUUCCUAUGAUGCAAUGGUUAUACUUUGGAAGGAAGGUAACCCGAAUGAGUGGACCCAGGUCCAUACUUUUACUGACCAUAAAUCUUCGGUCAACUCCAUUGCCUGGGCACCACACGAGCUUGGCCUCUGCUUGGCUUGUGGCUCGUCCGAUGGGAACAUCUCAGUUCAUACCGCUAGGUCAGAUGGUGGGUGGGACACCACACGGAUUGACCAGGCUCACCCGAUUGGAGUAACCUCGGUUACAUGGGCACCGUCAAUGGCUCCUGGGGCUCUGGUUGGAUCUGGCGCUUUUGAACCUGUACAAAAACUGGCUUCUGGUGGAUGCGACAAUACUGUAAAGGUCUGGAAGCUGUCUAAUGGGAUCUGGAAGAUGGACUGUUUCCCGGCCUUACAAAUGCACACCGAUUGGGUGCGUGCUGUUGCGUGGGCCCCGAAUUUAGGACUUCCUAAAUCGACAAUUGCAAGUGCUUCCGAGGAUGGGACUGUGGUGAUAUGGACCGUGGGUAAAGAAGGGGAUAAUUGGAAUGGUAAGGUGUUGUAUGAUUUCAAGGUCCCGGUUUGGAGGGUUUCGUGGUCGUUAACCGGAAAUCUUUUGGCGGUGGCUGCUGGCGACAAUAACGUCACUUUGUGGAAAGAAGCCGUUGAUGGAGAAUGGCAACAGGUGACUACUGUCGAUUAGCACUUAUCUUCAGGUUCGUUAUACCGCAUUUCCUGUUAUCCUUUUAGAUUCGAUUUUGCUUCAAACCAUUUCGAAUACUAGCUAACUUAUAUAAUUAGACUUUUCUGGUCCUUUAUUCUUUUCCUUGUAUUGCCAUCAUUAUUCAUCAUGAAUAGAAGCUUAUGGUCUGUUUGAUGUCGAUUGUGAAGACUUUGUAGUCCUGUUUUUAGUAUUUUGUGAAGAUGCUAGUUUUCUUACU